GAUCAAAAUAAUAAAUAAUAAAACCAAAUGCAUCAUAUUUUAAUCCCAACAGAUGAGCCAUACUAAAUUAAGAAUAAAAAUCUCCUGCAAAUGGGGGUCUUGCGAUUGUAAAUUCAUUUCUGUAGUACCCGGUUCUUUUAUUUUUUUCUAUAUAUCGUCACUUCUCUCUCUUCCUUUUCUUCAAAUGUUAAGAGUUUGUGUUACUGUUUAAGCUCUAUAGAUUGUGAACUUUCCUUUCUGUUUUUCUUUUUUAUUGACUUUCCCCUCUCUGGGUGUUUUUAUGUAAUCCUUUACCUGUUUUCUCUUAAACAACAUGGCUGAGGAUAACUUUCAAAUGCCCCCAUGGGAAAAUAUUCAGAUUUGUAAAGAACCUCAGGAUGCAGAUUACUCAUAUAUUCCCGAGCUCAGUGAUGAGCUAGAGAAUUUGAUUUUAGCUAGAUUUCCUAGAUCAGAAUAUUGGAAACUUUGCUUAUUAAACAAGCAUUUCUUACAUCUUCUAAAGAGUGGUGAGUUACUUAAAAUUAGGAGGGAAAUUGGGUUUAAAGAAUCAUAUAUAUUUAUGUCACCUAGUGGGGGCAAUUGUUGGUGGGCAUUUGAUAGGAUGUUCAAGUCUUGCAGAAAGCUACCAGAGUUACCAUCAACAGAUGUGUGCUUUAUAAGUGGAGAUAAGGAAUCACUUUGUGCUGGGAGCCAUUUGAUUGUGUCAGGCAGGGAGACUGAAGGUCCUGUUGUGUGGAGGUUUGAACUGGAAACAAGUAAAUGGUUUAAGGGUCCUGCCAUGAUCGAUCCUAGAUGUUUGUUUGCUUCUGCCACCUGCGGUACCUUUGCUUUUGUAGCUGGUGGGAUUGGGAUGGAGACCACAGUCUUGAAUUCAGCUGAGAAAUAUAAUCCGGAGACAAAAUCAUGGGAGCUGCUCCCAAGGAUGCAUAGGAAGAGGAAGCUUUGCUCCGGGUGCUUCAUGGAUAACAAAUUUUAUGUAAUUGGAGGGAGAGAUGAGCACAACAACGAACUCACUUGCGGAGAGGCUUAUGAUAAGGACAAAAACACAUGGGAAUGGAUCCCUGACAUGUUGAAAGAUGAUGACCCAGUUGCAACACGCCAAUCUCCACCCCUGGUUGCGGUGGUGAACAAUGAGCUUUACUGUCUCGAAACAUCUUCCAAUGAGCUGAGGGUUUACCUUAAGAGCAGCAAAACAUGGAAGAAUUUAGGAGCAGUACCAGUUAGAGCUGAUCUUCAUAGAGGAUGGGGUGUAGCAUUCAAAUCUCUAGGCAAUGAGCUGCUAGUGAUCGGAUUCUCAUCUUCCGUUUCAAGUGGUGGCAUGACUAUCUACACUUGUAGCCCACAGCCUGACACCAAGGAACUGCAAUGGAGGUGCAUUGAGGGCUGCAAAGACCGGCUUAUCUUUCUCCUGAACUGCUCUGUUAUGGUAGCAUGACUUUGUACCCAUACUGUUUAACAGGCUUAAUUUCCUGAAUAAAAGCCAGAUUGUGUUAUCAGGGAACAUGGUUCCAUUUUAGGCCAAUAUUUCAUUUCCCUUGGAAUUAAGCUUGAAUUGUGAUGCUUUUUGUUUACUGCUUUGAAACCUUACUCAACAAAACAAUUUCAAGAAAAGACCCCUUCUCUUCCCUCGCCUCUCCUUCCCUCUCCCUCUCUCUCAUUCAAACUUCCAUUGAUAAUCUUUUUAUCAACAAAACUAAAACAACCAAACUCAAUCAUUUAAAGGUGU